GAGAAUUUGACUGUAAACAAAUUCACAUGUGUAUCGGCGCGUUACUGCCGCGUGCCGAUAGAUGCUUUUGAAAGAUGACAGUCGUAUAGACACAAAAAAUAAGAAAUAUGAUCUUUGUUGGUAAAGUUAAUUACACUGAGACGGCUCAUAAACAUUGAAUGCCGGUUAAAAAGAAGGAUGUAUAAUUGGUUUUAAAGUUUUGUAAAAGUUUAGACACUUUGAAAACAAAUAUGUUUCAAAUGAAAGCCAAAAACAAAGAAAAUAAAAAUUCACGGGACCGUGUGAAGAAACACCUUGUAUUAACUAAACGUUUAUGGAUAUUUCUUGUUCUUGGAGCAGUUGUGUCAAUUCUUGGAUUAAUUGUUGGUGGGAUUUAUUUCAACAUUCAGUCGGUCACAACAUCAUCAGAUUUGACAGAAAUUUUACCUACUUACAUACUUUGUUUAUUGAUUGUAGUAACUGGAGUAUUUAUUAUCACAUUAUUUUGGAGAAGAUAUAUUAUUCAGGUUGUUUCAGUUAUAGUUGUUUCCAUAGGAACAGGGACCCUCUGUGUUGUUAUAUCCAUACUUACAGGGACACACAUACUCAAGCCGCUUACCUCCCUUGAGUCAUGUGAUUACAGUAUAACUACCUCAAUUUGUUCAUGUUUGUCACCUUAUAAACGAGACAGUUUAGAAUUAGAAUAUUCCAAAACAGAUAAAAGGAGAGUUAAUUUUGAGAGAACAUCCAGCUGUAAGGCUAUACAGGAAGUUCUACCAGCCUUGUUAUAUACGGAGAUAGGACUAUUUCUAGCUGUGUUAUGUUUGUGUGCUCUGACAAUAGUAUUAGCUUAUCUUGUUCUUAGGACAGAGAGAACUAGGCUUAGACUUCUGCAGGAGGAGACUUAUGAUGAAAUAUUUACAGUAAGUGGAAGUUCCUCAGUAUCUGAUAGUGAUGAUGACAUUUUAGUCAAUCAAACUGCAGUGAAUGAUUUACACUCUGUGAUUGGUCAAAAUUCUGAACCAAUCAGUAGCUUCCCUAUUAGUAUUUUGAAAAGUACAGAUAGACAGAAUUCAUUGGAUAGUUCAAGAUCACAUGGGAAAUCAGUUGAUAGUGAGAGGUGUAAUGAACUAUUAUUAAGAAAUUUGAAUCUAGCUGGAGUCAGGAGGUCAAGGUCGUGUGAUUCAUUGGAUGACAUUGAUAAAACAAGAAACCUUGAUAAUAAUUUGAAACAACAGAAGGGUCAUGGAAAACUGAAGGAACAUAGGAAAAAGGGCAGAAGGGCUGUAACUCUUAAUAAUUUAGAUACAAAACAGUUAAUGCUUAUUUUAGAUUUGCAUAAAAAGUAUGCUGAAGAAACUGAAAUAUUGAAAUCUCAGGGAAAUUUGAAUAAAGAGGAAAAACCAAAGUUUGACAAUAGAAGAGCUUUGACUCCUCAACCAUAUGUUAAACAAAAUACAAUACCCAAAAUUAUACGAUCUCAUACACCUCAACCAUAUCAAAUAAAUUACAGUAACAGUUUUAAGAAAAACCAAGAAGAAAAGAAAUUCAAAGAGGAGAUAAAAGAAUUAUUUUUGCAACAAAGUGAAAGGUUAAAGGUUGACCUUGAAAAGGUCAAGAAUAAAGAUCCUGUCAAGAGUGGCUCAAAGUCAGUUCCAAGUCAUAAACAAAUAAUAGAUGUAAAUUCUAAUUCAUUAUUUGAUCCUGUGUAUGAAAUAAAUAUGAAUAAACAACCAAGGUCACGACCUUCUGUACAAAGUCAUUUUCUUCCUACAGAGCCUAUUAGAAGACAAAACGCAGACAAGUUAAUAUUACCUCCCGAACCACUUACGCGUCAGUCAAGUCACGGAGAUACUUUACCUCCAAAGCCUCUUCAAAGAGAUGGAUCAGCAUUUUAUGUUGUUGGGAGUCAGUUGGAUCUUAGUCAAAAUGCAAAGGGUCUUAAAACUCCCGGUGAAAUCCGAUGUGAGAAAGCAAUUCGGGAGAAUUUUAAAUUGUGCAAAAAAUCUGAAGAAAAUCCAUAUGCAACUCCAAGAAAAGACUUAGGCUAUCAAAAACAAAGUGUUGAUACCAGACCAUCACACGAAGACCUUGUGAAGUGGAAAGGUCAGAGUUCACCAGAAAUACUCCCACCUUAUCCACAUCCUCCAUCUUAUUCUGAUUUUGUAUCUAUAUCACAGGACAGUUCGUCAGUCCGCACUGAUUCUCAAAGUGAUACAUGUACUUACGAAACAAUGGAUCAUGGCAAAAGUGAAAGUAGCGAUGUUCCGAAUGAAAUUCGAGACAGACUUUUAACAGGAUCUAGUGAUGAUGAUGUGUUUGUAUCAGAAAGUCAGAAACCUCUUUAUUUACAAAGUGCUAAAAAAAGAAACAUGCCAAAAAUGGGAGUUUCUGCAGAGUUAAGGUUACAGCCAAGAACAAAUUAUCAAUCACCAUUUCAUCAUUCAAAUCAUAAUCAUGUUUAUGAUUCAUCCAAUCCAUAUCAUUCACCAUCAUCAGUCAUGAAACCCAAUUGUGUUCAAGUAGGUAAUGUAUAUCAUACAUCACCAAACAUUUAUCAUACUCCUCAGGAAAUGCCAUAUCGUGUUCCAAGAACUCCCGUACAAAAUUAUCACAGAUUUCAGGAGUCUCCAUAUGUUCAGCCAAAUCCAGGAAAUUUCCAUUAUUAUGAGGAAAUUGAUAACAUUGAGACAAGCUUUAUGUAUUCAGAAGACAUGUUACCUUCUAACAGUAGCACCAGUAGUCAAUCAGCUUUGUUUCCUAGCAACAAUAUGACCAAUCAGGAGAAAGGAUUAAAACCAUAUAGACCAAUCACAACAGUUGAUGCUAAUGGUGAAGCAUUGGAAACAAUGAUAUAGAUUAUGUGAGAUUAUAUUUUAUUUUUAUGACCCCCUCACCUUUGCUACCUCAAGCAAGGAUUAUAUGAGUCUACAAUUGACUAUUGAUCAGGCUGUUUUGCUCACUGUCACACAUUGUCACUCAUUUAUCAAAAUAUCAUUUAUAUUAAACCAGUAAUAUAUACUCUUUAUUUAAGAAUUAAAUGCUCCUUUUUGUAACUUUAUUGGGGUGUAAAAGUGUUGACCAAAGUACAUUUCCACACUUCAUUCUUAAAAUGUACGCACAGUCAACGCUUUUACAACCUUGUAAAAUUACAAAAAGAAGCAUUCAAUACUUAUUGCUUAUAAACUUACAUUUUUUAGCUUUGAUCAUGAAAACACGAAUUUUAUAAAUAAAAAAAAUAUCAAUUCACAUGUGCACUUUAUUGUGGGACCAUGUGUUAUCAUGAAUGAUAAGUUUUAUUGAGUAAUGCAAUUGCUUAAGGAAUAAAAUGAGAUGUGCAGCUAGCCAAUCAGAAUAAAGUUUUUGUAAUGAAACAUACAUCUAAUGUAAUUAUAAGACAAUACAACCAACAUGACAUGCAUUCAAUUUACACUUUACUUAUUUAGGCUACUGUGGAUUCAUUUAUUUUUGUGGGUGCCAAUUUUGGUGGAUUAUGAAAAACUUUUUUAUGCAUUGAAAUUUAAUUUCGUGGUUCACCUGUACCCACAAAAGCAACAACAAUUGGUAUCCAACGAAUAAUAAUGAAUCUACUGUACGAUUUACUUUAACAGGAUACAGCCAUUUGAUAUUCUGAGGAGUGAAGAAGAGGAUUUGUUUAAGAUUGACCAUUUGUUUUGAAAUGCUUCUACCCAUGCUCAGAUCUUUACCCCAUCUUGCAACACAUAAAUCAAUUUUAACUUUACUACGCAGUUGUUACAUUUUUUGUAUUUUUGAAAUACUUUCACCCUUUCCCUUAUCCCCCCUCUGAGAAUAUCUUAUGGUUGUAACCAAAAGCAAGGUUAUCAUGGUUUAUAUGAUAGGUUUCUUUGUAUAUUUGACCAAAAAAACACACAUGUCAGUUGCCUGUCUCCAAUUAUACA